GCAUUUUUUUUGGGGGAGCUUUUAAGCUGUUUCCAAGGGCACCCAUCAUCCCCAUUUUGCCUCAUUAGUCCAUUUAGCCCCUUUGUGUUCCUGAACUUGCAGUGCCACUACUAUUACUUUCAGAGUCUGUUCGAGUUUUGAUGCCCACUUAUGAUGAUGGACUCCCAUAACCCACCUUCCAAGAUUGCCCGCCUUUCAGGGUCACCUCCAAUUGGGUUGGGUCUUGAACUUGGACGUGGAUCUGGGGAUAUGCUUGGCUGCACAAAGUCCUGUGGGUUCACGUUUCUCCAGUUGCAGGAACUGGAGCACCAGGCUCUCAUCUACAAAUACAUGGAAGCGGGGCUUCCAGUGCCUUAUCAUCUAGUUUAUCCGAUAUGGAAGAGUGUAGCUUGCUCUCUCGGGGGUCUCACUGCUGGGGCGUAUCAACACCACCCUGGCUUUCUGGGUUUGAGUCCUUUGUAUUUGGACUAUAAAAACAGCAUGGAUCCAGAGCCAGGGAGAUGUAGAAGAACGGAUGGGAAGAAAUGGAGGUGUAGCAAAGAAGCAGUCCCGGAUCAGAAGUACUGUGAGCGGCACAUGCACAGAGGCCGUCAGCGUUCAAGAAAGCAUGUGGAAGCUUCCCAACUUGGCGCUAGGACAGCUACUUCUGCUCUUAAUAACACAGUCAGAGAUGCUGUCACCUCAAACACCAAUCUCUCAAUUUCACUCCCAGUGAGCAGCACCACAAAUGACAUCUCCCCCAAGAGUGUUCUUCAACUGGGUGCUCAGAAAACUGAACCCUCUUAGUGGAGUUUGGAUGUAAGGAAUUUUCCAUAAAUUUUUCUCAGAAAAUCUUAGUGUUCUGUGCUGCGUCUGUGUCUGGGGCCAACAAGGGUUCUGAGAAUGGUUGGUUGAGGGAUUGUUUCAAACAGGAGAGACAUUGUUGUUGUUUGUGGGUGUGGUCCGGUGGAGGACUGGAAAUCAUGGCCAUGGGCUCCACCCACCAUGAAUCACCUUUAGCUUCGAAAUCAGGACAUUUUCAAACCAAGUAGAUCUACAUGUUUGUUACUUUAUGGUUCAA